AAAACCCUAGUUUCUAUCUUCUCCUCCUCCUCUCUACUGAUUGCUACCGAGAUCUUACAGAAACACCUUAUGGCUUCCUUCUCCUCCUCACUAUCCGUGAAUGAAGACUCUACUGUACAAGUUUCUCAACAUAACCUCGACGGCAUUAUGCACGAUCUUGACUAUGAGGACAAGAACGUUGUCUACAGGCACGUCACUGAAGCACUCGCUGCUUAUCCGGAGCUACGUCCCAAAGUAGAGACCAAUCUCCUCAAGUUAGCUGGUGCCGUGAACGGUAGAGACUUUGUCAACAUUUAUCUCCCGUCUUCUUAUCCUAAAGAUCCUCCUCACGUGUGGAUAGUUUGCCAAUACGGUUCCGCCAUCAACCCUGACCUCACGAACGUAGCUCCCAACGGCCUCGUGGCUAUUCCUUACAUGUCGAACUGGGAUGAAGACAAGUCCAGUCUCGUAUCACUCAUCUCGCAUCUCCAAGUGGAGUUUACUCGUGAACCGCCUACAUUCGUUAUUGAUGUUGGCAUACCACUGUCUCGUGAACAGAUGGGGUUAGUGAAGAUCGUGCUAGACUUUAGGCUUAUGCAUCUUUACUAUGGAAUUCAAGACUUAACUUCCGAAAAGACCUCUGCUUUUUUCAAAGAGGUUACUGGUCGAUAUCCUAAGGGUUUAGAGGAUUUAGCUGACCACAUCAUGACUAGCAAAGGUGGUGUGAAAAAUUACAUCAACACUGUGGCAGAGAUCCUUGGACUGCCUCCGAAGACCAGAUUCACAGUGGAUGUUGCGAAUCAUCGUUUCCUCCCGUGAUCUUAGACAUGUUGAACACUGUGUGAUGUACUUAAAAUCAACGUACGGAUGCUUUUGUUGUGUUUAUUUUCUUCAAGAAUCUGUAAUGGUGUGUUUUAGUCUUGGUAACAUAUAUUAUCUGCAACUGGUCACGUUAAUUAAAUGGUAUGUAUCUAAACCGUAACAUUGCGCUG